UAAACGGGUUUAGUUCACAUCUUAACCUUAGGGUACAAGUAAGGUUGUUUUAUUUAUGUAAAAUUUUUAACAAACAAUUUUAUUAAAUUGCAAAUAGUUUGCAAUUAUGGAAACAACAAUUGAUCGUGACAGUGAUGUACGAAAGUGGUUAACAGUUGCUCUAACAGGCGAAAAUCUUGAAAAUUUUUCAGUCGAUAUAACUGGAAAUUCUGAAAAAGGUGACGGAUACGCUGGAGACAUAAUUUUUGUUUUUGUAACAGGAACUGACAAACAAGGCAACCACAAAGAAUACGAUCUUGUUUUAAAAUGCAGUAAACCCAGUGCUGCUUUAUUGGAAAAUAUACCUGCUUUAAGACUAGCGUUUGUGAAAGAAGCUUACAUGUAUCAAAAUGUUUUUCCAAUUUUCAAAGAGUUUCAAGUCAGCAGAGGCAUGAAAAGACCCUUCGACAGUGUACCGAAAUGUUAUGGCGUUUAUAGUGAUGAGUUCAGACUUGUUAUUGUGUUGGAAAAUUUGAAAAAAUUAGGGUAUGACUUGUGGCCAAAAGCAAAACCAUUAUCAAGAGAAGUUAUCAAUAUUGUAAUAAAAGACUAUGCAAAAUUUCAUGCUACUUCAGUGGCUUUACAAGAGCAACAUCCUAAAAAAUUUCGAAAAUUGCUCGAGGGUUCUCCUGAAGAUGUAAUGAAAGAAGCAUUUAAGUCAUCUGGCUUUGAAAAUAUGUUUAAAAAUGGUGUAGAGAUGGUACAUGAGUUGCUAACAGACAAUGUUAAAAACGACAUUUUAGAAAAAUGGUUAAAACUUAAAGAUCAAGUGUAUUUUAUUCUUGGUGAAAUGGAGCCUGGUGUUGACGAUUUAAAAGUAAUAAACCAUGGAGAUUGCUGGGUGAAUAAUUUUUUGUACAAGUUUGAGAACGAAGAAAAAACGAAUGUUUCCAAGGUUGCAAUUCUGGACUGGCAAAUGUCUAAAUUCACAUCACCUGUGACUGAUCUUUCAUAUUUUUUGUUUACUGGUAUAUCGGAUGAAGAUAUUGCUGACAUUGAGACUAUUUUAAGAGACUAUCAUAAAUACUUGUGCGAGUAUUUAAGAGAGCUAAAUAGCCAGGUUGCAGAUAAAUAUACUGUAGAAAAAUUUUUUGAUGAAUGGAAGAAGUACGGUAAAUUUGGUGUAUUGUUUUGUGUUGUGCCAAUCCAGUCUUUAUAUACCGAAAAAGAAGAUCUUCCUGAUUUGGUUGAAGCUGCAGGCACAGGAAAAGACAUUUUGGAAUCGUUUACGUUUGAGGUCAAAGAUAAAAAUGGUUUCAAAAAGAGGUUGAGACCGAUUGUUGAAUAUGCUUUUGAAAACAAUCUUAUUUAAUCUAUCUAUAUCUAUUAGAAGUUACGAGUAGUUAGUAUUAAUGUUUGACUAUUGUAGUUAUGUGUAUAGUCCGUUAUAUUAGGGAGCUUCAUCAAUCAUCAAUUUAUAAAUGAAAAAAAUGCGAAGGAUGUAAUUCAUAGAAGAAAAGUUGAUUAAAAAUAAAAAUGCCAUCAAAAGCAGGUUGAGAUGCAUUGUUGAAUAUGCUGUUAAGAAUAAUCGAAUUUAAUAAUUAAUAAAUCUAUUAAAAGUGAGUUAUUUAAGAGAUACUCUUAUCUGAAUACAUUACUUGCAUAAUCUGUUUUUCCGUUGUAUCAGUAACAAUUUUUAUUAAAUAAUGUGCAGCUGUCCUAAUUUUAUCAGUGUAUUUUUAUAAAUAGAAAUCUAAGAUAACAUUAAUAUUAGUAGUUUGGACUCUUACUAAUCGUUUUUAUUAACAUAUUUUUUUUUAAAUUAUGAGACUAGGAUGUGUCCAAUUUAUUUAUUUCAUUUCAGCCUUUUUCUGAUAACUAUA